AUGAAAAAGACAUGCAAGAGAGGUGACUUUGACAAUUACGUGUGUGAAGAAGAAAGCGUAAUUGCAGUGCGGUGGAAUGACAAUUCAGUUGUCACUGACAUGUCAAAUGUAACUGGGGUUCACCCCCUCCACAAAGCAAAGAGAUAUUCUUUCACAGAAAAAAAGAAAAUUGACAUUUCUCAGCCAGAUGUGAUACACAAUUACAACUGUAACAUGGGAGGCGUAGAUCAGCUGGACAACAAUGUCUCCAACUACCGAAUUGCAAUGAGGAGUAAAAAAUUGUGCAUGCCAAUUUUACUCUGGAUGCUUGACAUUGCAAUGAACAAUGCUUGGAGGUUAUCAAGGAAUCAGGGCCUCCAGUUGGAUAAUUUGGGAUUCAGAAGACAAGUUGUACAAGGCUUACUUCAAAAAUAUGGAGCACCUCCUUCUGUUCCUGGACCAUUCCCUCAGAGGAAACUUCGAACUUCAGUGAGUGAAACUUCACGUAGUGACCCAAAAAUCACUUGA